CACACACGCACGAGUCUCCCACAUGCCUAGAAAACGCAGUGGUCCUGAUUUGAAUUGUACUCCGUUCCCCCUCCCGACCGCUGCGUGGUUCAUUCCAGCGCCUCUGUAUCCUCGGUGCAAGGUGUUUCUGCUGCCACCAACACUGAGCCCGGCGGUUCAAUCACUCCGCUGACAAGAGCAGUGAAUAUCGAUGGAGAGGUUACAACUGAGCUGAGGUCUUCUCGUGCAGGACUGCUUUAUGCCGAACUGUUAAUGGGAUUGGGAUUCAAAAGUAACAAGUGUCCUGAUAAUCAUCUAGCAGAGGCAAGCGCAGGAAAGACACCUCAUGCGACAUAUAAUGUAUCCACUGUCUGCAGAAACUGUCUCUGAAUUGUCUUGGCCCUUGGCUGCGGGGCCGUGAGCAGCAACCAUGACGUAUCCCAACACCAGCAUACUGACAGCUAACUUCACUGGAGCUUUGGACGGCCAUGACUCCGGGGGAAACAUCUACCGGCCCUUUUCUGUUUUCAGCGUGCUCACUCUUACAUUGCUGGCAAUGCUGGUGGUGGCCACCUUUGUGUGGAACUUGCUGGUGCUGGUGACCAUCCUGAGGGUGAGGACAUUCCACCGGGUGCCCCACAACCUUGUGGCUUCCAUGGCCAUCUCCGACGUGAUGGUGGCCGCCCUGGUCAUGCCUCUCAGCCUUGUCCAUGAGCUGAACGGCAGGCUGUGGAAACUUGGUCGCGUGUUGUGCCAGGUGUGGAUCUCCUUCGAUGUGCUCUGCUGCACAGCCAGCAUCUGGAACGUGACGGCCAUCGCGCUGGACCGCUACUGGUCCAUCACCAGGCACCUGCAGUACACGCUCAAGACACGUAAAAAGAUCUCCAAUGUGAUGAUCGCACUCACAUGGCUGCUGUCCUCCAUCAUUUCCCUGUCGCCUCUGUUUGGCUGGGGGGAGACCUACUCAGAGGGGAUGAAGUGCCAGGUGAGCCAGGAGCCGUCCUACACGAUCUUCUCCACCUUUGGAGCAUUUUACCUGCCGCUUUGUGUGGUGCUGUUUGUUUAUUGGAAGAUCUACAAGGCUGCCAAGUUUCGGAUUGGUUCCCGCAAGACCAACACAAUAACACCCAUGGCUGAGGUAAAGGAGGAAACACAGCAGCCCCAGAUGGUGUUUACUGUGCGCCACGCCACUGUGACCUUCCAGACAGAUGGGGACACAUGGCGCGAGCAGAAGGAGAAAAAGGCGGCUCUGAUGGUAGGCAUUUUGAUUGGCGUGUUUGUACUUUGCUGGAUCCCUUUCUUCAUCACCGAGCUCAUCGUCCCGCUGUGCUCCUGUGACAUCCCACCCAUCUGGAAGAGCAUCUUCCUGUGGCUGGGCUACUCCAACUCCUUCUUUAACCCGCUCAUAUACACAGCCUUUAAUAAGAACUACAACAAUGCCCUGAGGAACCUCUUCUCCCGGCAACGCUGAGCCACUCUGUAUGGUCGGCAGACACACUACACCAGCAUUCACUCCGCAGUGUUACUCCUGCAGACAGAAAGGGAUUAACCUGUCUGCAUCCGUCACUCCAUCAUCCAUCAGAUGGAUGAUAACCAGAAACAAUGUCUGAAAAACUGUCUUUAAAAAUGUGUCGUAUUAAUUUAUGUUUUGUUUUGUUCAUUACCAGUGUUGAGUUAACCUCACAGCUGGACUGAGACAGGGGUCUCAGCUACUGUAUC